AUGGACGUCAUGGACACUUUCACGUCGCCUAUGCGCAUGAUACCUUCAUUAACCCCCCGUCGCGUCCCAUCGCCCGUCAUGUCGCCCGGAGGCCGGAGAGGACGAGCAUACGGCAACCUCGAAGACAGCCGCCCGCGCGAUCUGUCGCCCGAAACAACGCUCCGUGCCUUCACCGAGACGCCCAUGCCGUUCGAUACCACACGCGACCAGUACAAGAUCCUUGCCUGCAUUGAGACCCUCACCGUCGCCGAGCGGGAUCUGGGCGCGCGCGUCGCAAAGGCCGCCCAACGGCUGAAGACGUGGUGCGCCGAAAUCGAGCAGUGGGGAUGGUCGGGCACCUUUGAGCAGCCGAGCGAGGUUUCAAGGGAGAAGAGGAGGAAGAGCAUUGAGCUGCACAUCCGGGAACACGUCGCCGACCCGAACCCGGACAAUGUCCUGCCACCCCUAGAUUACUGGGGCUCGCUCCUGUCAGUCGAGGUGGAGCAACACGAGGCACGGUUGGACGACAUUGAAGAUGAGAUGCUCAAGCUGGACGUCGAGGAACUGAAGGAGCAUGUGCUGGACAUGCACCCUACCGCCAGAUCGAGACCAACCUCUGCCGGCUACGAAGCCACCCGUCAGCACUACAGGAUCAUGGACGACUUCUCUUUCCUCAUCACACAAACUCUGCUAUGUGCCUUGCCCCAUCACGCCCUGCUCAAGGACCGCCUAAGCACCUGGACUGCCCGCGUCUCCAUCCUCCGCGAAGCCCCCAAAUACAUAGCCGAACUCGACACCGCCCAAAGGGCUAUGCAGUCAGGCUGGGACGCCAUCGAGCCGCCAUCAGAUACCUCUGACGAAGCGUUUGCCCAGUGGAAAGAGGCAGUGGAUACCAUCUCUGUUGUGCUGCACCAAAGAGUCAGUGAUCUGGGCAGGCGUCUGGACAGGAUGUUGGACACACUAGAGGGACGAGAGGACUGCUUGCCCGACACCUGGAUCGACACCUUUGAGACUACCGAGGCUGACUACGGACGCUGGACACAUGAGUCAAGGAGGAGAGUCAUUGAUUUCGACCUUCGAAGGCGGGCAGAGAGCUCCAACAGGCCAGACAUGCUCAAGACUCGUAUUGACUCUGCUGGUUCUACAGAUAACGCUUCGUUACCGGAAACUGGCCCAGAAAGCUUAGAUUUCCCCGACGCCGGACAAGACACACUCCCACUUAUCAACGACACUAGCACCACUGAAGUUGAGCUACCACAUGGCACAGGCUUAUCAGCUGCUUCUGCCACUAUUCUAAGCCAUCACCCAGAACCCAUCACGUAUGUGGCCCCAGAGCAGAUCAGUCGCGAAUCUGAACUGCUAUCCGAGGACGAUUCCGAGUUCGACGAGGGCGAUACCAUUGUUCACCACGACCUCGACCAGAGCCCACAACGCACCGCUAUCCAGUCAGCCUCCGAAUCCUUCUUGUCGGAUGAAACAGAAAACCCUUCGCCUAUCCGACCCAAAACAUUGUCACUUUCUGAUAACCCAACCAUCACUGCAGACGACUGUCACCAUGGAGCUUCGAUGGAGCCACCUCAAACACCACGCUCUUGGAGAGGCAGCCUUGGUUCAUUAUCAACAGAUAUCUCACCAGACUCCAGUCCUCGUAGUGCUGUUGAGGAGUCUCCGUCAGUUCGCAAUGCUACUAACCGUACGAUGAGGGCGCCCCGUCCAGAGCUCAAUGCUGCCAUGGCGAAACGUCGGCCCAUGACGAGCAGCGCCAUUCCCGAUGAUACCUCAAGUGCACCAUGGCCCCCGUCGCGUUUUGCGCAAAAGGCUAUCAGUAGCGCAGAAGAGCUUGAACGAAAAAUCUCCGAUAUCCUCACUACGAUCCCCGCCCACAUCAGGCUCACUUCAGGCCCUGGUCCCGAUGCUCCCGAGGUGAAAUCAACGCGCAAUUUCAUGGCUAAAGGAAGACCAGGCUUUUUGCGUGCUGCUCGCUCAGUGAGCGGUCUCAAGUCUCCUGAGCUUACACUAUCGCCUGCAAGGAACGAGUUCGAGACCAUGAACGGUCCCUCCGGGCGAAGAUCUGCUGCAGCUGCGAGGGGCGAUAACGACAUUAAGCUAUAUCACCUCACACAACCCGGAAAAGAGCUACCCAUCAAGCUGUUCAUCCGCCGCGUUGGGGAGAAUGGCGAGCGCGUUAUGGUGCGUGUGGGUGGUGGUUGGUCCGACUUGGGCGAGUAUCUGCGUCAAUAUGCUGAGCACCAUGGGCGCCGAACGGCAAGCGAAGGCAAAUUCGAAGUUGUUGGCCUUGAAGUCAAGAACCCCGACGGUUCACCGAGCCGAUCUGAAAGUGGCAUGGGCAAGCGGGAAAGACGCAUCAGCAGUGGUUAUCCAUUGAAUAGUCCAGUCACCACGCCUGUCAAGUCGGCCGUGGGCCGCGGCAUUCUGGGCGACGAAGCGCCCCCACCAAUGCCGAAUUUUGCCACAUAUUCACCUGGUGGGCCCGAAGAUCCAAAUCAACCUUCAACUGCCUCAUCACACAACUCAUGGCAGGGCAGAGAAGUCGGACUUGCGGGGCCAAAGGCAAAGAAGUUGGACCUCAGUGGCGAGAAGCUGGAGUGGAUUGAAGGCAUGAUGAAGCAGGCUCGCACCGUGAGCAGCAACGUUAUUCACACAACCCAUCCGGCCUUUCUGCGCGACGAGCGCAUAGACAGCAGGAGCGAUAGUCGUCCGGCUAGCCGUCCUGGGAGCCGUACAGGCCCUGGAGUAGCCAAGAAGGCUGAGUUUGGAGACCUGGGCAAGGUCGGUGGAACGAAGAGAGUCUUCAUGAAGGGUAGUAACCAUUCUUUUGGCGACUGCUGA